AUGUGUGAGCAGGCAGCGCGUUACUGCCGCGAGAGCGUCCACAGGCUGCUCCGCCAGCAGCCGCAGCCGGCGAGCGGGCUCCUGCGCUGGGUGGUCACCAAAAUGAGCGACGGCAAGAGCCCCCUGCCCGAGCGGGAGCUGCUGCCCGAGGGUCCCGCCGCCGCCGCCGCCGCCGCCGCCGGCCCCGAGCAGAAGAAGGGCACCUCCGUCAUCCUGGACGUGAGUCGGGGAUGGGGAGAUGAUGGGAAAUUGUCCUUGGAAGAAUUCCAGGCCUUCUUUUCCGAUGGGACUCUUAACGAGGAAGAGUUGGAGAAACUUUUCCACACCAUCGAUUCUGACAACACCAGUAACGUGGAUACCAAGGAGUUGUGUGAUUACUUUGCUGACCACAUGGGAGAUUAUGAAGAUGUGUUGGCGUCCUUGGAAACGCUCAAUCUCUCCAUUCUGAAGGCCAUGGGCUACACAAAACGGGUCUACGAACAAGGAACAAAUGUGGACCAGUUUGUCACCCGUUUCCUGCUGAAAGAGACGGCCAAUCAGAUUCAGUCCUUGCUCAGCUCUGUGGAAAGUGCCGUGGAUGCCAUCGACGAACAAACCAGCCAGAUAAGACACAUCCACAAUAAAUCUGGCCACAAUGCCAUGGACAGUUGGUAUGACAAUCCCGUGUCAGGUUAUUCUCCCAAUAACAGAAUCAUGACUAAAGAACGCAGGAAAAGUUUCCAGACUGCCUCGUCAGACACCAAGGAGGAAUGCUUGGAAGCACAAAUCAACAGGUUAGCAGAGUUGAUCGGAAGGCUGGAAAACAAGACUCUUUGGUUUGACCUGCAUCAACGGCUGUCAGACAGUGAGAACACAGCAUGCGCAGUGAGUGUCAUUUUCCAUCCCCCCCAUCUCAAGUGGGGAUAUUGGGACUGAGAAACACUUUGCUGC